AUGAAGACAACUUUUCUGGAGCAGAAUUACAGGGUGAAGGCUGUCUUGGAUCAUAGGUACUGGCUGAAUGCUGCCCUGGAGCAAAACUGUUGGAUGACGUUUGUACAGGAACCGAAUUAUUGGAUGGUGAUGGUUCUGAAGUGCCGCUUUGUGAAGUCUGCAACGCAGCAGUGUAGCCGGAUGCAUGCCCUGGAGCAGCAGAGUCAUUGA